AUGAACGUUUACCGUGUUAAUAUCUCCCGACUUAAACCGGUAAAACAACAAGCUCGUGGUUCAAUGGUAAGAGCAUUAGACUCUGGUCGGAAAGGUUGCGAGCUCAAGUCUCCACUGGAUGCCUUGAAGGAGGAUCCUCGGGUCUGCUCAAACUAUUCGCCCGAAUACAUGCUCAAGACCCUGAGGGCAUUUGAAAACUUCAAGACCGGAACCGCCGUAUUCACUUUUCCAAAGCCUCCUAUCAAAUGUGCCGGAGCGCCCCUCAAGGCGAUACACGUGCAACAUCGGUAUUACCUUAGGAUGCAGUUCACAAUUUACAAUCCCGCCUUGCCACAAACAUUGCUUACUUACACAGCACUGACAUACGCUGCAAACGAUUACUACGCCCUUUGCCUUAGGACAUUUAGUCUUCCAGACACUUCCCACUUGUCUCACUCCGCAGUUGCAGACGAUUGCACGGCUGAAAUACGUUACACACAAAUCACUUCUUCAACCACACGGCCACGAACACAAGAAACGCCAGUACACUUCCCCAAACCGCACUACGUUAUCAUGCACCAUGCGAAAAAUCAAAAAACAUAUCCCUGCAUAUGA